AUGCAAAGUUCGUCCAUAUUAAACCGGGGACUCCUUUUACAAACAACUGGAAACCGCAAACGAACAAAGACUGAUUGGACUUCCUUCCGCACUCGUAAAUGGCGAUCCACUCCUCUCAUUUUGACGAUCGAUCAAGUGCGCCACAUUGGCAAGGACAUUGGGUUGUCAACGCUACGAAAAGCUGACGAGCAUUUCAAGGAUCCUGCCAAUGUAUUCCUUAUGCCCAAGCCCAAGUUAGUUGUCUUGUAUAACUACAUGCUCGACCUCGGGAUAGCCACCAGCAAAACAAUGGUGCGGAUGAAACAAGCCGAACUUGCACGUGUUGUGGUCGAUUUAUUAUAUCCAGGAUUCCCUGUUUGGCGUGCAAGAGAUCGAGCAGAACGUCUCUUUCGUGAAAGCCAUCCUGUCCGAUCUGGGCUAGCAUAUGACCUUGUUCCUACCACGGAUGCCCUUGAGCGUGAUCAAGAAUUACUACGAGUACCAGUAUCACCCUUGGAAGAAGAUAUGCAUGAGCUAUGUCUUUCUAUACCCGUCAAACCGCUCCAGGAUUAUGCCAAGAAACGUGUCAAAAGGAAAGCGGAUGAUAAAGAUAUUCGCUUGCACUUGUACCUUUGGCUAUCGAAAUGGAUGGCAUGGCACCCGGAUCUCACGUACUUCUCGGUGGAUUCUCAUGGGAAAGGACAAUGGUCAAAGGACGAUCAGGAAUUGGUCAAGCAAGGUUAUCGGCACAUUGAUAUCACAGACAAGGUGGAUUGGCAUAGUGUGCUUGAAAAGUCAACUGAAAAGAGCACCAUUGACAUCAAGUGUGAUUGUGAAGCACACAUCAAGGAAUUAUCGGUAUGCACAGUGUGGUGCAAAUCGCCUUUGGAGUUGACAGGCCAACUCUAUUUGCAGUCUGCAAGUACCCAAGCUGUGCGGAUCAUGGAAAACACGCCUCGACAACAACAGCCCGCCAUCCAACGUCAAAUGAUGGAUCUCCUUCCUUCUCCCUAUGCAUCCAAAUCGGACAUUCAGCAAUUGCAGGCAAUCUUUGAUUCUUGUUUCACGUCGAUGGGAUGUAGCAACACACAAUCAUCAUCGAGCAGUGGUGGUGGUGGUGGUGGUGCAAGUGGAAAUGGUUACAAUGACAAGAACGAUGAAGAAGAGGAGGAGCUGAUCUUAGGCGACCAAUCCAUAUCGUUACUAGACCCAAUGCUCUUAUCACGCCUUCAGUAUCCAGCACGCGGGAUUUAUUGUACACAUGCAUCUUGUUUUGACGCACGUGUCUUUUUCCUAUGCCAACUAUCACGACGUGUAUGGAAAUGCUAUAUCUGCAAUGUACAAUACAAAAGCAUCCAAGACUUAUAUAUCGAUCAUGAGAUGGCUCAAGCACUAUCAACAUACCCCGAGGACGAGCGACUGGUCUUGCGAAAUGGUAUCCUUAUGCCAGCCGAUCCAAGUUUCAGUCGCAGUGACUCGACUAAUGCCACACCUUCUGUACCAACGCCAUCUGUAGUUUUAGACGAUGAUGAUACUCAUUCCAUUAAAAAGCAAAGGAUAUCUUGA